UUGACACGAUGUCUUGAAAAGUAUAAGAUCCUAAGUGAAGUAGGAAGAAGAAAGCACAACAGCAAGAAGCCCCCAACGCUCCAUUUUCACGAACAGUCCCUCUCUUAUUACACUCUUUACUUCACUGCAGUCUUUCUUUCUCAACCUUUACUUUCUCAAUAUGAGUUUCUUCAAGACAGCUAGGGCUUUGGCCAUUGCACUGCCCGCCGUCAAUGCAAUUGCCCCUCCUGCCAUCAGCGGUUACACCCUUACUUGGGGAGAAGACUUCGCUGGCGCCGCCGCAACGUUGCCCAACGCCACGAACUGGAUUAUCACCACUGGAACAUCUUACCCUGGUGGCGCCGCAAAGUUUGGUACUGGCGAGAUCGAAACCUACACCGAUGCCAUCGCAAACCUGCAACUCAGUGGCAAGGACACUUUGCAAAUCACUGCUCUCAAGGACGCUGCUGGAGCUUGGACCUCCGCUCGCAUCGAAACGCAACGCACAGACUUCGCUGCCGCAGCUGGCGGCAAGAUGCGUAUUCAGGCCAGCCUCAGCUUGCCUAAUGUAGGUACUCAGGGCGUCGGGUACUGGCCUGCAUUCUGGGCGCUUGGAAGCACAUUCCGUGGGAACUUUAAUAACUGGCCUGCGUGUGGUGAGCUUGAUAUCAUGGAGAACGUCAACGGUAUUAACCAGGACUGGGGUACAAUGCACUGCGAUGUUAACCCUGGCGGUGCUUGCAACGAAAAGAACGGUCUCUCCGGUAACCUAACAUGCGGCGGAGGUGCUUGCCAGGGCAACUUCCAUACUUACGCCGUCGAGGUUGACCGCUCCGCAUCGCCAGAGUCCGUGAAGUGGUACCUUGACGACGUUGUAUACUGGACUGUCACUGAGACCCAGUUGCCCGCAGACAUUUGGGCACAGACUGUACACGUUCCGUACUACGUUCUGCUCAACCUUGCUAUUGGCGGCGAGUUCCCCGACAAAGUCUUCGGUAGCACUACUCCGACUGCCGACACUGUUUCUGGCGGCGUUUUUGAAGCCGAGUACGUUGCCGUCUACCACACUUAGGUGGAGUUGAUUUUUAGUCGUUGAGAUACCCACCAAGAGCCUUUGACCUUGGGAGAGCUUCUGAUGACACAUUUGGAAACGGAUACGACACCAUUUUAGUUGAGCUUGUUUCGAACGGGCCUAUAUGACUUCGAGGCCGCUGUUCUAUUUUUGUAUAAUCGGAGUUUAUGGAUUUUAUGAAUGGAUACGAUGCAUAGACCAAUUUGUUUUGACCCUCGCCCGCCG